AUGGAAGAGAUAACGGUGAAUGGAAAAAGUUCAGGCCUUCUAUGGAUAAAGGAGGAGACUCCAACCAGAACCCUAGUCUGUUUUAGAAAAGAGGACAUGAAACGUUUCGAGGAAACUGAGGAUUGUUUCAUCUUAGAUUUCGACCCAUAUGACUCAUUCGACUUCUCCGUGCUUUCCUUGGACGACAAAAAUAACCACCAAGGUGAUGCCUCUAAAGAUGUCUACAUUGUUGGUGAAAACAGUAAGGUGGUAGCUUGCAGGGAUUACCCUCAUCCAAGACAUCUGUGUAUUAAAUUUCCGUUUACCGCAACACCUCACGAUAGCUAUUGUGAACUGUGUUACUGUCGUGUAUGUGGCAUACGUGCUCCUUGUAAGCAUUGGACCCGAUCAACGUCUCCACACUGUGAUGAAGUCUAUCAUAGGGAUAUUUUUGCAGAUUUGUUUGAAGUUUUAUGAUGGUGUGUGCAUGGGGAAUGGGGUGCUUUAUCAGCUUCAAAUUUUGCUUUUCUGUGU